UCGUCGUGUUUCAUUGUGUAUACAUUUCUUCUGAAGAUAAGUCGUGGUUUAAUAUCAUCCUUUUUGCGUCAUACAAAUACAAUGGCCCGUACCAAGCAGACCGCACGUAAAUCUACCGGAGGAAAGGCUCCCAGGAAACAGCUGGCCACCAAAGCCGCUCGUAAGAGCGCACCCGCCACCGGAGGAGUGAAGAAACCCCAUCGUUACCGUCCGGGAACCGUCGCUCUCCGUGAAAUCCGUCGUUACCAGAAGAGCACCGAAUUGUUGAUCCGCAAAUUGCCGUUCCAACGUCUGGUGCGUGAAAUCGCACAGGACUUCAAGACCGAUUUGCGUUUCCAGAGCUCCGCCGUCAUGGCGUUGCAGGAAGCCAGCGAAGCUUAUUUGGUCGGUCUGUUCGAAGACACCAACUUGUGCGCCAUCCACGCCAAACGCGUCACUAUCAUGCCAAAGGAUAUCCAAUUGGCCCGUCGUAUCCGCGGAGAACGUGCUAAAAUCAAUGGUAUUAUUUAUGAAGACUUGGUCAAUCCGGUGUUUGUCUCGUCGUGUUUCAUUGUGUAUACAUUUCUUCUGAAGAUAAGUCGUGGUUUAAUAUCAUCCUUUUUGCGUCAUACAAAUACAAUGGCCCGUACCAAGCAGACCGCACGUAAAUCUACCGGAGGAAAGGCUCCCAGGAAACAGCUGGCCACCAAAGCCGCUCGUAAGAGCGCACCCGCCACCGGAGGAGUGAAGAAACCCCAUCGUUACCGUCCGGGAACCGUCGCUCUCCGUGAAAUCCGUCGUUACCAGAAGAGCACCGAAUUGUUGAUCCGCAAAUUGCCGUUCCAACGUCUGGUGCGUGAAAUCGCACAGGACUUCAAGACCGAUUUGCGUUUCCAGAGCUCCGCCGUCAUGGCGUUGCAGGAAGCCAGCGAAGCUUAUUUGGUCGGUCUGUUCGAAGACACCAACUUGUGCGCCAUCCACGCCAAACGCGUCACUAUCAUGCCAAAGGAUAUCCAAUUGGCCCGUCGUAUCCGCGGAGAACGUGCUUAAACUUAAAUUUUUAACAAAUAGUCCUUCUUAAAACGGCCCUUUUCAGGGCCACCAAUUUAUUAU